AUGGGUCUCUUCACCAGUUUCCUCGACAAGUUCUGCGAGCACUGCUCGUCCCAGUCCAUCUUCACACUCGUCUCCGUUGGCGCAUUGUCCUUCAUCGCCUUGUCCGUCGUGAUCAAUGUCCUGCGCCAGCUCCUCUUCAAGAACCCCCACGAGCCCCCAGUCGUCUUCCACUGGUUCCCCUUCGUCGGCAGCACCAUCAGUUAUGGUAUUGACCCGUACAAGUUCUUCUUCAAUGCCCGCGAAAAGUACGGUGACAUUUUCACCUUCAUUCUCCUCGGCAAGAAGACUACCGUCUACCUGGGUACCAAGGGCAACGAAUUCAUUCUGAACGGCAAGCUGCGUGACGUGUGCGCCGAGGAGGUUUACUCGCCCCUGACUACUCCCGUCUUUGGUAGCAAUGUCGUCUACGACUGCCCCAACUCCAAGUUGAUGGAGCAGAAGAAGUUUGUCAAGUUCGGCCUCACCUCUGACGCCCUCCGCUCCUAUGUGCGCCUGAUUACCGACGAGGUCAAUGACUUCGUCAAGAGCUCCCCCGCCUUCCAGGAGUCCAAGGGUACCUUCGACGUUACCAAGAUCAUUGCCGAAAUCACCAUCUACACUGCGUCGCGCUCCCUGCAGGGCAAGGAGGUUCGUGAUCGAUUCAACUCCACCUUUGCUGAGAUGUACCAUGACCUCGAUAUGGGAUUCGCCCCCAUCAAUUUCAUGCUUCCCUGGGCCCCUCUCCCUCACAACCGCAAGCGUGAUGCUGCUCAGCGCAAGUUGACCGAGACCUACAUGGAUAUCAUUCGCCAGCGCCGUGAGGCCGGUGGCAAGAAGGACUCCGAGGACAUGGUCUGGAACCUGAUGUCGUGCACCUACAAGAACGGUACCCCGGUCCCCGAUGAGGAGGUUGCCCACAUGAUGAUCGCCUUGUUGAUGGCCGGUCAGCACUCGUCAUCUUCUACAGCUGCUUGGAUUGUCCUGCGUCUGGCCACCUGCCCCGAGAUCAUCGAGGAACUCUACCAGGAGCAGCUCCGUGUUCUGGGUCAGGAUCUGCCUGAUCUGACUUACGAGACCCUUCAGAAGCUGGACCUGCACUCCAAGGUUAUCAAGGAGACCCUUCGCAUUCACGCUCCCAUCCACUCUAUCAUUCGCGCUGUCAAGAACCCCAUGCCUGUCGAGGGAACUACCUAUGUUAUCCCCACCACCCACAACGUUCUGUCUUCUCCCGGUGUUACUGCUCGCUCGGAGGAGUACUUCCCCGAGCCUCUGAAGUGGAACCCCCACCGUUGGGACGAGGCCAACGCUGCCAAGGAUGAGGAUGACGAUGACGAGAAGAUCGAUUACGGUUAUGGUCUCGUCAGCAAGGGUACCAACAGCCCUUACCUGCCAUUCGGUGCCGGUCGUCACCGCUGCAUCGGUGAGCAGUUCGCCUACGUCCAACUGGGCACAAUUCUGGCUGCGCUGGUCAGGCAAUUCAAGUUCUCCAACCCUCCCAAUGCCCCUGGUAUUCCGGAAACCGACUACUCGUCCCUGUUCUCCAAGCCUCUGGGCAAGUCGUUUGUCCGCUAUGAGAAGCGUGGCACCAAGGAAUAG